UCCGCCUUACAACGGAACGGAUCAGAGAGCGGAGUUGGGCGAUCUGGGAAGCGGAGUGUAAAGAUGAUGAUGAUGACGACGCAGGAGCCGCCGCGGUGUUGCGGUUAUUUCAGCAUCCGCUCGGUGGUGCUGGGAGUGGCCGUGUACUAUGUGUUCCUGAGUCUGCAGUCUGUGGUGUGGCAGACGGUGGCGGUGAUAAAAUGCAGCGGGGUGUGCCCCGGUCCGCUCAGCUCGCCCGGCCCAGUUGCCGUCAUGUACUCUCUGGCCUUCGUACUGCUCUUCCUCAGCCUGUGUCUGCUGUUCGGUGUCCUCCGCCGCCGCCCCGGUCUCCUGCUGCCCUUCUUGGCCUUCCAGAUCAUCGACUUCCUGUGCUCCCUUCUGCUCUUCUGCGGCCUUUUCGUCCGCUUCCCCACCGAGCUUCGCAUGGUCAGCACUAGGCCCUACCUCCCCGGGCUAGACGAGCAGGACAAGGCGGCCGUGGCCGGGGGCUCCGUCCUCUUCGUCGCCCUGUCCCUCCUUCUCCUACUGCUGAAGAUCUAUCUUAUCCGAUGUGUGCUCACCUACUACCGCUACCUGCUCACCAGAGUCAGCACACCGCCCGGAGAGCCCGAUGGCCUGGCCCUGAUCGUGGUGCCCGCCGGCCAGGAGAAGAACCCUCUGCUGCUUCCUUCCUAUGAAGAGGCCAUCAAUAUGCCAGCCAAGGACAGCCCACCACCCCCCUACAGCCAGGCCGUGCAGGCAGAGCCAGAGAAAGAGGGGGUAUAAGAGGCCCAUCUGGAUACCAUUAUGAUGUGAGUGACUCUUCACCUACUAGG